AUGCAGAUUCGAGGAAAAUCUCCAGUCCUGGCUGGCUGGAAGCAAAAAAGUAGUAUCUUUUUACAUUCUGCACGCAUUCCUGAUGCAAUUGGCAUUUGCGUUUGCACGGUUGAAAAGAUGACUGAUAUAGCGAAAGAGACAGUCAAUACAGCUGUUAAUUGUCACGGUUACAACAAUAAUAGUCAAAUGGAAAAUGAUGAACGGAUUGUUGAAACAAGUUUGCAUUCGAGUUUUGAAUUUCGGCCAUCGCAAAAAAGUGGAAAUGAUAAGAAAGGUUUACGAAGCAAAUCACCUGGGGCUUUCAUUGAACGGCUUUCGAGUUUUGCUCGAGGCAAGUAUCGAAGCAGUCUUAGUGAAAAAUCGUCAUCUUCAAAGAUUCUAGAUGAACUUCCGAAAAGGGACAUACAUCGUGAGUUGAUCAAAUGUCGUGAGACAAGUGCAAGGAGAUUAGAUCUUAGUUCAUCGGAUAUUGUCAGCAUACCUACAACUAUCCGCGAUUUAGUUCAAUUAACGGAACUAUUUCUUUAUAAGAACAAAUUGAACGUGCUUCCAGCCGAAAUUGGAAAUUUGGUUAACCUUAAGAAACUUGGAUUAAGUGAAAAUGCCUUGACAUCGUUGCCUGAUAGUUUGGCAUCUUUAACACAAUUAGAAACCCUCGAUUUACGGCAUAAUAAGCUCUGUGAGCUUCCUCCUGUAAUAUACCAAAUAGAAUCCUUGGAAACACUGUGGUUGCGCUACAAUCGAAUUGUUGCUAUUGGCAGUGAAAUCGGUCGAUUGAAACGAUUGAAAAUGAUUGAUUUACGGGAAAAUAAGAUCCGAGAAUUACCUGCAACGAUUGGUUGUCUCAAAUCUUUAGUUGUUUGUUUAGUCAGCUAUAACCAUUUGAAAAGUGUUCCAGAUGACAUUGGCGAUUGCACAGAACUGACUCAGCUAGAUCUGCAACAUAAUGAUCUCGUAUUUUUGCCAUCAACUAUGGGAAAUCUAUUGAACUUGAUUCGCCUUGGUAUUCGAUAUAAUAAAUUACGCAGUCUACCCAAUAGUCUUUCAAAAUGUCAUAAGUUAGAAGAAUUCAUUAUAGAAAGUAAUCAACUGGAAGCAUUGCCGGAUGGAAUGCUUUCUUCACUUCCGAAUUUAAAAACUAUAAAUUUGAGUCGUAAUGAAUUAACUAAUUUUCCAUCUGGCGGUCCUCAACAAUUUUCAUCAGCAGUGUCUGUUAACAUGGAACAUAAUUCAAUUACAAAAAUUCCAUUUGGCAUUUUUUCAAAGGCUCUAUGCUUAACGAAAUUGAACCUGAAGGAAAACGCUCUAACUUCAUUGCCUCUUGAUAUGGGUGGCUGGACUGCUAUGGCUGAACUCAAUUUAUCCACAAAUCAAUUACGAGUACUUCCGGAUGAUAUUGAUAAAUUGGUUAAUUUAGAGAUAUUGGUGCUGAGUAAUAAUCUAUUGAAGAAAUUGCCACCCCAAAUAGGAAAUUUGAAAAAGUUGCGUGAACUUGAUCUCGAAGAAAAUGAAUUGGAAUCUAUACCUAAUGAAAUAGGUUUCGUAACAACACUUACAAAGCUGUGGGUUCAGUCUAAUAAGCUUGUGAGCUUGCCACGAACCAUUGGGAAUCUUACCAAUUUGAGCGAUCUCAGGACGGGUGAAAAUAAUUUAACGUCGCUUCCGGAAGAAAUUGGAAAUCUGGAUUCUUUGAAAAGUUUGUAUAUAAAUGACAAUCCUUCGUUACAUAAUUUGCCAUUCGAGCUAGCGCUUUGUGCAUCUCUUGAAAUAAUGUCGAUCGAAAAUUGUCCGUUGUCACAAAUUCCACCUGAAAUUACAGUUGGAGGACCAUCGCUUGUCAUUCAAUAUCUCAAAAUGCAAGGACCAUAUCGAGGAGUUGUUAUGAACAUGUGA